CAAAGUAGUACAAUAAUAAUAAUAAUAAUAUCCCAAAUGUACAUUUUGUACGCCCCACGCACUUAAAUUUGGAGCUAUUCCCUACUCAUGCGCUCAUCUCUUCAAGAAAAUUGACUCAGUGGCCAUUUAGCCAAUCCCAUAAAUAGACACAUAUUACAGACUUGUAUAGGUAUUAUUAUUGUAGAGCAGUUUCACAGAGUCCCCCUCAUCCCUCAGUUGCAGUCACUGAGUUCUCAAUCAACUCAACAAAACAAAACAAAACAAAAAAAAGAACCAAAAAAACCACCAUGAAUAAACUGCCACAUUUCAGAAUAAUAUAGACAGAUGUUUUCAUAUAAACCACUGCUUUUCAUGCAACCUUUAUAUCUUUCAUUCACUAUUUCUUUCUAUUGUAAUAAAUAAAAGUUUAUGGGGUGUUUCAAGAAACUGAAACAAGAGCAAAGUGUGGAGAAAAGGGAGAAAAAAGGGACUAAAAGUGUAGUGGGUUGAGAAAGAGGACAAAAACCCACUACUAGGUAGUAAAAAAAAAGUUAGUAGUAGGAGCACUAGAAGAGUGUAUUAGACUUUUUUCUUUUUUAUUUUUAUGGGGUAUAUUUUAAUAUUCAUCUUUUGUUGAUUAACUUUCGAUUUGUGGGGUUUGUUUGCAUGUAAGGCUUUGCGUCUUUCUAAUGCAAAUAUUGAAAUAAUAAUAGUGUUGUAAGGAUUCACAAAGAAACAAAAGAGGGGAAAAUAAAGCAAAAGAAAAGAUGACCAAAGACUUAUUAAGGCCUUUUGCGUGACAUUUUUUUUUUUUGUUGCUUUUGAAAAUGUUUGGUUUUGAUGAUGACUAUUGAAGUCUCAUGUCGGUUCUUAGAUAUGAGGGAUUGCCAUUUUUCUUCUUGCUGAAAGAAAAGUUGCUUUAUGCAUCCCCUUAUUUGGAUCUUUACUUUGUAUUAGUGUUGUAAGUUGUCAAGAAUUGGAAAACAGUUUGUGGGGUUGGUUGAAAAUUGAAACUUUGGUUUGUGUUAGUGUUGUAAGUUGUUAAGAAUUGAAAAACAGUUUGUGGGGUUGGUUAAAAAUUGAAUCUUGUGGUUAAUAGAUUGUGUUAAUGGUGGAUUCAAGCUGAAAUCAAGGAAGAUCUUUUUGCUAAGGAAAAGUUCAAGAUCAGAGAUAACAAGGAAGUUAUAAUGGCAGAUUAUAGUUCUAUACCAUCUCCAACAGCAGAGAACUCUAGGAAACUGUGUUCCUCUUUUUUUGGUUCACCAAGGUUGUUUACUUGUUUUGCUACGAAGGGGUUUCCUGAUAGUGAGUCUAUUAUGAGUCCUACAUCAAUUCUUGAUAGUAAGCCUUUUUCUGCUUUUAGAAACCCCUUUUGGUCUGAUUCAAACUCGAACACUCCAAGAUCCCCUAAACCAGAAAGUAGAGUUCAUUUUCAGAAACUUGACACAAAAGGGGUUGGUCUUGGCCUUGUUGAUGCUCUCAUUGAUGAAAAAUCUGAUUCAAAAGAAUUGAAUUCGGUGAGUAGAAUGGUUGUUCUUGGCUCACAAUUGAAGAUUCAGAUCCCUACAUUUCCUCCUCCUUUUAGUUCCCCUACUGAUUCACCACCUUCUCCAGGUGAUUUUGGUAUCAAGACCAGAAAUUCCCAGUUAGGUUCUUUUUCCUCUCCUGGAUUUUCACCAUCUCCUGUGAAGAAAUCUCCAUUUGGUUCCUCAAAUCCCAACAUAAUAGACACCCCAAAUUCACCUGGGGCUUUUAGUAGUCUUUCUGCUGCUGAGAUGGAGCUUUCUGAGGAGUAUACUUGUGUCAUUUCACAUGGUCCAAAUCCAAGAACCACUCACAUAUUUGAUGAUUGCAUUCUUGAGAGCUGUUGUGGUGUUGUUAAGUACUCUGCAUCAAGAAAAGAAAAUGAGCCUUUUCCUAGUCCUCCGAUGACCUAUCCAUCUGAGAAUUUUCUCAGCUACUGUCACACUUGCAAGAAGAAUCUUGGAAUAGGGAAAGACAUUUACAUGUACAGAGGUGAGAAGGCAUUCUGCAGCAGUGAAUGCAGAUACAAAGAGAUGAUGUUGGAAGAAGGAAUGGAUAAAUCAGAGACUGAUGAUGUUUUUGGUAUUAUUUCCUAAUAAUUAUUGAGUAGUCACUCCAAUGCUGAUAGCAAGUUUUGUCCUAGUAGCAACUUGCAACAAAGAAGUGAUAUUGUUAAAGACUAUUUGCAGAUUCAUAAACUGUUUUUUGCAAAUUGGAUAAUUGAGUCUGUUUAGAUGUAUCUGUCACUUUUUUAUUUAUUUUUAUUUAUUUCUUUUGGUUUUAGGGGGGUAAGAAAGUGUCAUUGUUGAGGAACAAGAAGGUUAAUGAGAUAAUAUUUGAAGUGAUUUGAUGGAAUUUUUAUUUUGUUGAAAAAAGAAAUGUAGUAGGUGAUUAUUAUGGUGUCUGACACUACUUUGGAUGCUUUAUUGAAAGUUUGAUAUAUAAUGAUGUUGAUUGA